UUGUUGUUUUUUUAAUCUAAAUUAUUGUAGCCAGAAGACCAGGUUGACUGUUACAUGACUCAUACAAACGCAGAGGUUGCAAAAAUUAUCAGGGAAAAUCAGCAUGUGAACAGACAUAUUCGUGAGGAUGUUCUUGGACCAAGAUACUGUCCAUCCAUAGAAUCUAAAGUACUUCGGUUCAAAAAAGAUGUCCAUCAACUUUGGUUGGAACCUGAAGGCUUAGAAAAUGAUGUCAUCUAUCCGAAUGGCUUGUCCUGUACUUUACCUGAAGAUCUGCAAUAUAAACUUGUGCGCAAAAUACGUGGUUUAGAAAAUGUGACUAUGUUAUCACCAGGCUAUGGUGUAGAAUAUGACUUUGUAGAUCCUCGAGAAUUGAACUACUCUUUGGAAACAAAGAAAAUAUCAGGUCUGUUCUUUGCUGGGCAGAUAAAUGGAACCACUGGAUACGAAGAGGCUGCAUCACAAGGAAUUAUUGCUGGCAUCAAUGCUGGGUCAAAGGUUUUGAGAAAGCCUCCCAUGAUUAUAAGCCGAACAGAAGGGUACAUAGGUGUUUUGAUAGAUGAUCUCAUUACAAAUGGUACCAGUGAACCUUACAGAAUGUUUACUAGUCGAGCUGAGUUUCGACUUACCCUCAGACCAGACAAUGCUGAUAAUAGAUUAACAGAAAAAGGUUACAAGCAGGGCUGUGUUUCAGAAGAGAGAUAUCACAAUUUUUGUAAUUCUAUGCAAACUUUGAGGGAUGCAAUUUGUCUCUUAAAGAAGAUUAAGAUGCCAUAUCAGACAUGGACAAAGAAAAUUCCUUUGCCUUCAUUUGCUAAUUCCCAAGUGAGAGAUGCUUACCAUAUUGUAGGCGAUACAAACUGCAACUGUCCAGUCUCAAAGCUAGUAGAAUAUAUGCCAAAUGAAUUCCACCAGUUAAAGAAUUUAAGCUAUCUAAUGCAGCAGCGUAUAUACAUUGAAUCCCAGUAUGAACAUGUUGUAAGCACUCAGGAAUCAGACAUGGAAGAAAUGAGGAAAGAAGAAGCAUUCCUCAUUCCACCACACAUUGAUUUUUCUAACCCCAAUUUGGGUAUUGGCUAUGAAGACCAAGAGAAAAUGAAAAGAUUUCAGCCUCAAACAAUUGCAGCAGCCAGCAGAAUCCCUGGUAUUCGACCCAGUACAUUAUUAAGGCUUAUGCAUUUCAUUUCAAAGGAGCCACAUCAGCAAUCUUUAACCAAUUAAGAACUUUGUCGGAAAGUAAUACAAUCUGUGAUCUAAUUUUAUUUUUAAAAUGGUUCAGUUGAAAUUGUGGAUGUUAUUUUCAUCUUGUUGAAAAAUUUUACCAAAAAUAGUUUCCUAAACACAAAGUUGAACAAGGAAAAUGUACCAAAAUAAACAACAGAAGUGCAAGAAAAAUUAUUUAUCUUAUAACUUUUAAAAUACAAAUUUGUUUUGGCAUAUAAGAAAUAAUAAUGCAGACUUUAAAAAAAUACUUCUUACUUCCAGAAGACUAGACAGUUGGUUUAACUAGGCAAACCUCCUUUUGGAGAUAUCUUAAUUUUACUCCGUUUAUCAUGGGCAAGCUUACAAAAGCAUCAAAACUUUUAGAAGGU